UCGUGAUCGUUUUUAUUUUCGAGGAAUGAAGAACAACUUUAAUGGCGUUCAUCAUCUUUUUAGUUUGCAAAUAGAAAAGAAAAUGAAACCUUCUGCAACAAUAGAUCUUCCAUCAAUGGCAGAAAUCAGCAGUGAAAUGGAACACUCUGCAUCAGAUCAUCACUUAAUGGUGGCAGCAAUCACCAAAGAGCUGUUCAGCAAUGCAAUGAAUGGGAACUGGGAAAAAGUAGUCAAGCUAUACGAAACGGAGCAGGUGGCUCGACAACUCAAGAUCACGAAAUCAGGAGACACAGCAAUACAUGUAGCCAUCGGCGACAACCAAGAAGACAUAGUCGAGAAGCUUGUUACAUAUGUGAGCUCUGCAGACCUGGAAAUUGAGAAUGAGCUAGGCAACACACCUCUUCAUCAGGCAGCCACUCUGGGGAAUGUCAAGAUGUGCGAAUGCAUUGCGAAGAAAAACCGCGAUGUCAUUGGCAAACUCAACGGCGACAACGAAACUCCAUUUUUUCUUGCUGUUCUUCACGGCAAAAAGGGAGCUUUUCUCUGCCUGCACUCACUCUGUAAAAAGGAGGAUGCUUAUCGAUACUGUCGAAGGAAAAACGAUGGAUACACCAUUCUACACGCCGCCAUCACCGGAGAAUAUUUUGAAAUAGCAUUUGAAAUCAUCAAUCACUACGAUUAUCUCAUAGACUCGCUUAAUGUCGAAGGAUUUUCGCCACUGCAUCUGCUUGCCAACAAGCCCAGUGCCUUCAAAAGUGGGAGUCAUGUUAGUGGUUUUCAGAAACUUAUCUAUCAUUGCAUCUUUGUGGAUGAGCUCCAGCACCAUUCCAACCACCAUAUUCUGUCGAAAGACCUUGAGUAUGAUCCGAAAGCACACUAUCCAGAGAACUACCAUACCUGUGUAGCCUUGAUUUCUUUCCUGAGGACUAUAGGAAGGGUGUUAUUGGGCAAGAGCAGCCGGCCAUCGGAUACAGAGAAUCCAAAGACUGUCCCUACUCAAGUUGAGUCAAGUAACCAUGUCGAGAAACAGCAAGGAGAUGUAAUGGGACAGCAAUAUGACAGUGAAAUAGAAAGAAAAUUGAAGAUAUUCAGAGCUCAGGGACAUCAGCUCUUCCCGGAGAAUUAUCGAACAUGCUUCGAUGGUCUCAAGCUUUUCUCCAAAACAAUGAUGAUACUUCUUGGCUUCGGAACAAUUGUAAUACAAAAGCUUAGGGAGAAGAAGCAGAAGCACAUAUGGUCUGUCCAGAUAAUGCGAAAACUGCUCGAGAAAGCUUCUUUAUAUGAAUACGAAGACAAUGGGCGAAGACCGCCUCAUUUAUCGACUAUGCAGGAUGGAACUACUCCGUAUUCGUUCUUCGAAGGCGGAGAUGUUGUCUUCAGUCAUGACAGCUUGCUCGAUCCCUUCGGACAUGACGAUCAUUCGUAUCCGCCUUCUGCAAUUGAUCGUCAAGAAGCUAACCAGAAUAAGGCAGCCGAUGGAAAUGGGGAUUCCGAGAAAGCAUUGGAAAUGGCGAAGAAGGAGACGCCGAUACUCAUUGCAGCGAAGAACGGCGUGAUGGAAAUGGUGAAAAUGAUACUCGAACUAUUCCCGGUGGCCAUCCACGACAUGGAUGACGACAAGAAGAACAUCGUGCUGCUCGCAGUCGAAAACCGGCAGCCUGCGGUGUACCAGUACUUAGUGAAGCAUAGAAUGAAGGAGACGAUAUUUCGAAAGACGGACAAAAAUGGCAACAGCGCUUUGCAUCUUGCCGCGAUGCUUGGCGAUCAUCGACCCUGGCGCAUCCCCGGAGCUGCCCUGCAGAUGCAAUGGGAGAUUAAGUGGUACAAGUUUGUGAAAGACUCCAUGGCGCUGCACUUCUUCGUGCGGUACAACAAGGCGGGCUUAACGCCGCGGCACAUAUUCACGAAAGACCAUGAAGGUUUAGUGAGAGACGGCGGCGAGUGGCUGACAAACACCUCGCAGUCGUGCUCGGUGGUGGCUGCGCUCAUCGCCACCGUGGCGUUCGCCACGUCCGCCACUGUCCCCGGCGGCGUCGACCAGGAAAGCGGCGUCCCUAUUCUGGAAAGCCAGCCGGCUUUCGGCGUCUUCGCCAUCACCUCCCUCAUCGCCCUCUGCUUCUCCGUCACGUCGCUCGUCAUGUUCCUGUCCAUCCUCACUUCCAGGUACCAGGAGAAAGACUUCGGGAAGAGCCUGCCGAGGAAGCUUCUGGUGGGGAUGUCGUCGCUGUUUGUUUCCAUAGCGUCGAUGUUGGUGUCGUUCUGCGCGGGACACUUCUUCGUCCUGAAACAGAAGCUGCAAUACGUGGCGUUUCCGGUGUACGCCAUAACUUGCUUGCCGGUCACAUUUUUCGCCAUUCUGCAAUUCCCGCUGUAUUUUGAUCUUGUCAUGGCUACUCUCACUAAGGUACCUCGCAGGAGCUUCAGGUAA